AUGAGUCUUCACGCGCCCGACGAUGUGCGAUCAGUGGAACUACCGCCAGGUGAUCUAGACACAGGAGAUAUCGAGGCAAAUCCGCGGGAGCCCAAUCCACCACCGAUAUUACUUCCUUCCCCAGGAGCAGGAGAUGAACAGCCUCCACACUCUCCCGAAACAUUUACAUCAGCAGCGAGAGUAGCUUCCCAUGAUACAGCCAAGCAUCGCACGCGACGUUCUACUAUAGCUCGCUCUUACCACCCAGACAGCGUCACCCAUGAUCCGAAUUGGCAUCCUGGUACUGAACCGGGAAUUGACCCUAACAAACCGCCUCCCGCCUACAGUGCCGAGUGGGCCGCUCAUAUACCUAGCGAACUGAACACAAGGUGUGAUAUCAUUGUCGUCGACUUUUCUCAAUAUGAAAUGCGACAGUAUGUUUUGGACAAUGACACAUUGGAACCCUUUCUCCAGCGAGAGAGGGAGCCUUGGGUGCAAUGCCGGUGGAUCAAUGUAAACGGGCUGAGUUGGGAUGUAAUUCGGAUUCUGGGCAAGCACAAGGGGCUACACAGACUUGCCAUUGAGGACAUGACCAAUACAACAAACCGAACGAAGGCAGACUGGUAUUCGGAUCAUGCAUACAUUGUGCUUAAUUUACAAAAGCUGGUGAAACUUAGUGAGGAAACGAGCAGUGACUCUGAGAAGGAGGAGCAUGACGGAGAAAACCCAUGGGAACCGGAUCGAAGAGGCUCGAUAAAUAGCCAUAAAAGCCAUACUCUGAAGCGACCAACCAAAAGAUCGCUCAUCCACGCAGCAUUGAAGGAUCUUUUGCCAUUUCGAAGAGCAAAGAAAAAGAAAGAUUACCAAUACGCUGCUAAAAGGAGUGCCCGCCGGCUACUGGAUAAGACGAACUCUAGGGGGACAUCUAACCCUGGCGAGUUUGCCAAUGCCGGACCAAUGGCUCGCAGCAUUCAACGCUUCCGCGGGGGCCCAAAUGAGGACCGGAUUGCCUUUAUGGAACGCCAUGCCGUUUUGGCAUCGAAGGGCUUAACCGUGAUGCUUGAGCAGGUUUCAAUCUUCUUGCAUGCGGAUAAUACUGUUACGUCGUUCUUCGAAACGAGUGCUGAUGACAUUGAGGCGCCGAUAGUCAAGCGUCUCAGCUCCCCGGAAACGAUAUUGCGCCAAUCCUGUGAUGCUAGCAUGCUUUUGCAGGCCAUUCUGGAUGCUAUUAUCGAUAUGGCGAUACCAGUAACCAGCGCCUAUCAAGAUGCGAUUGGUGAGCUGGAGCUCGAGGUUCUCACAGAUCCUGAUGUGGAUCAAUCCAAAAGUCUCUAUAUUUUAACCUCAGAGAUUUCGGUUUUGAGAAACUCCAUGCAGCCAAUUGUAACUGUCAUUAACGCGCUUCGAGACCAUCGCUCAGAGCCAGUCAGUACCCCUGGGUUUGGUCUCAAACAUAUUGGCACGGCAGGACCGCGCCCAGUGUCAAGAACUAAUUCAUCGGAGGCUUUGCAGCACCUUGGGGUAGCCACACCGAAUCUCAAGAGCCUAGGUGGAUCAAGCGUUUCCAUCAGUCCCAUGUGUCAUACAUACUUGGGAGAUGUAUUGGACCACUGUAUCACCAUCGUUGAGACCUACGACCAGAUGAGGCGUGCUGCUGACAAUAUGAUCGAUCUAAUCUUCAACACAAUUGGUAAACCUGUUCUAUCAGACCAAAUCCGCAUAGUGGGUUACUUUGGAAUGAACUUUGAGGACUUUGCCGGAAUCAAACAUAGCGAUUCGUAUGUCCUCCUCAUCCAUUUCUAUGUCGAAGAUUACUAA